UAUGAUGUACUAAACGCUCAGCGGAGGAGCUGUCAAGAUAUUUCCUUAUUUUUUCCUUAUUCCUUAUUCCUCUACAUUUCUGAUUGCUAACGAGGCUGAACGACAGACAUUGUUGACAUGACUAGACAUAGUGAGAUGUUGGUCAAAUAUGACUCCUAAAUUACGUGCCUCUUUACUGAGUUCAGUUCCAAGAAAAAAACCCAAAUAUUUGCUACUUAUUUGUUGGAUAUUGAACACGACACACAAAAAAGAGUUAAAAGAGCUAGAGCUAAAAGACAAACGGGACUUGAAAGAAGCAUCAAGAAGUUAUCGAUCGAAGCGGAAAAAGUUUGGAUCGAAAACAAAGAUAAAGAAGGGCAACAUGGGCAAGAAUGCCAAGAAGAAAGAAAGCAAGAAGAAAAAGGGUAAAAUGAAGUCUGAAGAUAACAAUGACACCAGUGAAGAAGUACAGUAUCAAUCUGUGACUGAGGAUGAUGCUGUAGAAACGUCAACCCAUCAAUUAAGUGUGACAACACAAUCCCCAAAAGGCAAGUUUAAAACAAGCAGACAACGAAAAAGAGCUGAGAAGGAGCAACAUAUGAAAGAGGAGAAAUCAAGCGUGGGUAAGAAGAAGACCAAAUCACAACCACAGCAAGGCAGCGGAAAGGAGAAAAAGGAACAGACAAUAAGCGAAAAGACAACCUCAAACAAACCUGAUGAGUCGGCAGGCUGCAGACCUGCUAGCUUUGUCACAGGGUGUUUGGUUCCAGAGAAUUCUAACCCUUGUAUGUACGAUAUGUACGAUCUUCGUCCUUCGUAUUUUCAAGCCAAAGAUCAAAAAGAGCCUCUAGAUCAGGAUCGAUACGUUGCCAGACAACCACGAAAUAGCAGUAUACCGAACCCUCAGGGUAUUGAAGAUCUACGACCACCAUUUGACCCAUGGGGAGAUCGUGAAGGUGAUUGUAUUGAUGGGAAUCGGAGAAACCCUGAAUAUCAGUCGCCAAACAAUACGAGUCCAUCAUGGUAUUCCAAAUCAAAAACGUUUGACGUCACUGCUAUUAAUAAUAAUCUGUGGUCACAAGAUCAGGAUGAAGAGCCUUCUAUUGAUGGAAAUUGGAGAAAGGUUGUCAGAAAGACUAAAAAAGGUACUGUAUCAAGCUCCCCUUGUAAGUCAGGACUAUCAGCCCUGGGUGCCCUUAACAAACUGUUGCCAUCUGAGAUCCAGUCAGUCUUAGCAAAAGAGAUUCACAAGCAACUAGCGAGCAAAGAAGGGAGUCAGAACGUGUGUGACACCUUUAACCUCCUUAGAGCGCUUGCACAAGCCUGUGAAGCUGGAAAAUCAGAGAAUUUGAGCAAAAUCUUGACAGCGAUUCAAGGCUCUGGAUUCCUUCGUUAUCAAUUACCAGCCAUGCUUAAAAGGGUGCAACAAGAAGCUGUAGUUCUUAUGAAAGAGUCUGACAAAAGACAGAUGAUUUCUGACAUGAUAGAUGUUUAUCAAACGUACCUGAGGCGUUUACCAAGUGCCUAUGCUGAUCUUCCGCUGGACGAAGUACAAAGAUACUUCAAAAAAAUAUCAGUGCCAAAUAAAGCUGUCUUGGAGCAUAAGUUGGAGGCAUUGAAGAAAGAACGAGAUGAAGUAAUCCAGAACAAGAGAAGACGAAAUGCGAAGCUCUUCAAAGGCAAUGCUCAUAUAAAACCACCUAACAACUUUAGAGAAUUGCAGAUAUUCCCAACAAUUUACGAACUGACUUCGGAUGAGACGACCUUUCUUCGUGCAAACGUGAAAAAGGGACGUUAUCAAGAUACUGAGCACUACCUAGAUGUCCAGUUUAGGCUUUACAGAGAAGAUUUUAUCGCUCCCUUACGAGAAGGAAUACAAGAGAUCGUGCAGAAAAUCCCAAAGAACGAGCGAGGUCAAAACAUCAAGACAUAUGACAGAGUACAGAUCCAAGAAAAGAAGUACACUAAGAACGGCAUUAUCUAUACCCUGCACUUUGACGUGUCUAGGUUUAGACGUACUCGCUGGGAAAGUUCAAACAGGCUCGUCUUUGGAUCAUUCCUUUGCUUAUCAAAGGAUAACUUUGCAAAUACACUGUUCGCGACUGUUGCUAAUCGCGACCCUAAAGACCUGGCUAAAGGCCUUCUAGACGUGUGCUUUAUCGAAGGCCAAAACGUUUAUGGAAUAGAGAAAAGACAAAUGGAUCAGUACGUCAUGGCCGAAUCCCCUGCAUAUUUUGAAGCUUACCGCCAUGUUUUAACUGCCUUGCAGAGCAUGCAUGAAGAAUGUCUUCCCUUCCAGAAAUAUCUCGUUGAGUGUAGUAAAGAUGUUGAUGCGCCUGCGUAUUUGAGAGAUAAGAAGGAACCAGUUAGGUAUGACCUCAGGGAAGCCUUAGAAGUACCCCACGUACAAGAAGCCGCUGAUGUUGCUUUGUUACAGCCUGAUCAAUGGCCCAACGUCAGUCACCUCCCACUGAAUGAUUCCCAGUACGAGGCUCUAAGAACUGCCUUGACCAAAGAAUUCUCUGUAAUCCAGGGACCACCUGGGACAGGAAAGACCUACGUGGGACUGAAAAUCGCCCGCUGUCUCUUGACCAAUAGUCAUGCGUGGAAUCCAACACAGGACUCACCUAUCCUAAUGGUGUGUUUCACUAAUCACGCCCUGGAUCAGUUCCUGGAAGGUAUUCUUGAUUUCAUGCCGAAAGGAAUCAUCAGAGUUGGUUCACGCUGCAAAAGUGAAAGGCUGGAAAAGUGCAACUUGAAGAAUGACGUAAACAUACGAAAAGAAGAGCGUUUGGGGACGAAGAAAAGAAUCGAGAAACAACUGAGACGAGUUGAGACGAAGAAACUCGCCUUGAAAAGGUACGAAGAUGAUGAUGGUAUUAAGAAACUACAAAUCCUUGAAAAUGCCAACUGCAUUUCGCAUAACCAUUUGGACGGCUUCUACUAUUCAAACUUGUAUGACAGAGAAUGCGAAACACUUCAAGAUGUAUUUGAAGCAUGGAUUUGCAACAAAAGCAACAGACGGAGGAAGGCCGUCCUCAAAGAAGUAACCCCCAAAUUCAAGGAUAACUAUAAAGAGCCAAGCCAACAGGAAGCGGAAAUGGAAACCACAGAGUACGACGCAACUCCUUACAUUUUCCUGGCUGAUGAAGACGACUGGGGAGUAGCUGACUCAGACGUAGAUAUUCCGGGACCCGAUAGCUUCAUCGAUGAAAACUCUGAUGAGGACAGCGAAGAUACCUGGGAGGAUGCAAAUUCAGAUCUUGAGAGUGAGGAAGAGUAUUUUGAAUGCAGCGCCGCGGUUAAUGGUGAUGAAGUUAAAGAGCGAAGAGAAGGGAAUAAAAAAGCGGAGGAGGUGUUAGUGAUAAGCGAGAAAAAUCGUGCUCCAGAGACCAUUAACAUUGAUCGAGAAUUUGAAAUAUCACGGCAGCUUCAUGGGGAGGAAGACCUCUUUCAACCGAUCUGUGCUUCGCUGGAUAGAAGUGAUAACGACGUUCUACAAAGUGGAGAUGAAACUCCUUGUCAAGAUAUACGCUACCAAGACAUAGAUGACUCCUUUGAAAGCUCCAUCAAAAUGCAAAAAGAAAUAGAAAUGAAUGCAAAUCAAGGAUGGGAAUUGGACACUCAAUACGAAGGAACGAAGAAAAAGAAGAAGAAAAAGUCAAAGUCGACCGCAAGCAAGGCCACACCUAGUAACAUACGAAGAGCUAAGGCAAAAAUGGCACGCUUGAAAACAAUGACAGAGGAGGAAAUUGCAAAAAUGUCAAGCAUCUGGGAUCUUGGUCAUGAUGAUCGUCUUCGUUUGUACCUGACUUGGGAAGACAUGCUGAAAGAGGACUUUAAGCUGAAGAUUAUCCAAGAAGAACAAGCAUACGAUGGACUUUGUAGAGAGGUGGAGAGCGUUCGCAUUGUAGAGGAGGAGAAGAUCUUAAAGAAAGCUAAAGUUAUCGGGAUGACCACUACUGGUGCAGCUAGAUAUCACUCAGUGCUUCAGAGAAUAAAGCCUCGGAUUGUCAUCAUCGAGGAAGCCGCUGAAGUCUUAGAGGCACAUAUAAUAACGUCAUUAGCACGUGACACUGAACAGGUCAUUCUGAUUGGCGACCACAAGCAGCUCCGACCAAAACCAACUGUGCAUGAGCUUGCAAUAAAGUACAACUUGGAGAUAUCUUUGUUUGAACGCAUGGUCUUGAACAAGAUGGACUGCAAGAUGCUGUCGAUACAACACAGAAUGCGACCAGAGAUUGCACAGCUAACAAAGCGAAUCUACAAAGACGAGAUUUACGAUGACGUUUCUGUCACCAUGUUUGAAGAUGUCCGGGGUAUGAAGACUAAUUUGUUCUUUCUUGACCACCGUGGAGUAGAAUCCUUCCAUAAUGGUCUCCAAAGCUAUGCAAACGACCACGAAGCCAACAUGAUGGUAGCUAUGUGCAAGUAUCUCCUUCAACAAGAUUACAAGCCCAGUCAGAUUACUAUUCUCACCUUGUACAUUGGACAGCUUCUUACACUGAAAGAUAAAAUGCCACUUGAAGAAUUCAAAGGCGUGAGAGUGACAGUUGUAGAUAAUUUCCAAGGAGAAGAGAAUGACAUCAUUCUUCUAUCCCUUGUGAGAAGCAAUACGACUGGAAGCAUUGGAUUCCUCAAGGAGUCAAAUAGAAUCUGCGUUGCUUUGUCAAGAGCCCGUAAAGGUUUGUACUGCAUCGGCAAUUUUGCUCUUCUUUCAAAAGAUCGCCUCUGGAAAGAGAUAUGUGAGGAACUAAAGAGAAAGGAUGCGCUCGGUGAUAGAAUUCAACUGGCCUGUGCAAAUCAUGGUGAAAUCACAGAAGUUAAGAAAGAGGAAGACUUCAAGAAGGUGAUAUCUGGAGGUUGUGGACGUCCUUGUGAUCUGCGCUUAGCUUGUGGUCAUCGUUGUCCAGACAGAUGCCAUGGUAGUGAUCCUGAACACAAAGAGUCCAAAAAAUGUCGAAAAAUCUGUCGAACGCUAUGUCCUGAAGAGCUCCAUCGGUGCCUGGAAAGAUGUCAUUACCCAAAAGAUUGUGGGCCCUGUCUUGUCCCGUCUACGAAGAUUUUCUCUGUCUGUGGUCAUAAAGGCAGAACAGCUUGUUGGAUAGAUCCAAGGACAAAGAACUGCGAUUACCUUGACUACAAGCCUCUACCAUGUGGACACAAACAAGAUAUUCCCUGCUUUCUUGAUCCAUUGCAAAGUUUACAAGAACAGUAUGAAGAAGCAAUAACGCUGUUAGAAAAGCUGUCCAAGAUUUGCCGCAGUCAAAGGACUGUUAAGGAGUACUCUCAGCUCAAUGAUGAAGACAUCAUGGAACUAAAUGAGUACGUUAUAGAGAUGGCUUACCUCAAGGACAGAAGUCUGAAAAUCCGACAAAACUGGCCAAAAUAUGAAAGUGCACUACAGUGCAAGGAAAGCUGUACCGCUAAGUGUGAGAAGGGUCUGCAUACGUGCACCAGAAAGUGUCACUAUGGCGAAGAAUGUGGACCUUGUAUGGUCAGGAUAAAAGUCGAGAUCCCCGAAUGUGGACAUCAAGCACAAAUACCAUGCUUCAAGGAUCCUGAUACCAUUUAUUGCAAGGCAAAAUGCCAAAGAAUGCUUGCCUGUGGUCAUGAAUGCCAACAGAAGUGUGGGGAUAACUGCUCCUUUUUGGCUUGUGAAAUGCCAUGUCCGAGACAAUGUGAAAACAACCAUCCUUGCAAGCAAUGCUGCCACUGGGGGAAGCCAUGUCCUAGCUGUAUAAUUCCAACUGAAAAAGCUUUGUCGAAUUGUAACCACAAAAUUCGCAUUGAAUGCCAUGUGGACAUUUCUAAUGUCGACUGUUUCCAGCCAUGCGAGAGAGAGCGAUCAUGCGGACACUCAUGUGACAAAUGGUGCUACGAACCGUGCGAUGCUUUUGAAUGUAAGGCAAGACGACUGAAGACUCUUCCUUGUGGGCAUCAAAAGGUACUACCAUGCUACGUAGACCUAUCUACGUACACAUGCACAAGUCUAGUAACCAAGCCAUUGCCGUGCGGCCACGAACUCUUAAUGCCCUGUGAUUUGGAUCCACAUAACCACAUCUGCAUUGAAGAAGUGACAAGGAAGUUGCCGUGUGGGCAUGAAUCGAAAAUGAAAUGUCAUUCUGAUCCAUCAAAAAAAUGCUGCAAGGAGAGAGUCACAAAGAAAUUGUCAUGCGGCCACGAAUUGGAAAUGCUAUGCUUUCAAGAUCCAUCCAAACGCCAGUGUUCAACGCAAGUGAUGAAAAAACUGCCAUGCGGUCAUGAAAUUAUGAUGGACUGCCAUUCCGAUCCGCUAAAACGCAAGUGUAGAGCACAGGUGACAAGGAAGUUGUCAUGCGGACAUGAGCUAGAGAUGAAAUGCCAUUCAGACCCAUCAAAACAACAGUGCAACAAGCAAGCAUUAAAGAAACUAACCUGCGGACAUUUAACACAAGUUCCAUGCAACAUGGACAUAUCUAAAUGCACGUGCAAGACACUGGUACCAAAAGCACUACCUUGCGGUCAUGAAAUAGAAAUUCCUUGUCACGAAGAUGUGUCCCAGCAUACCUGCAAAAAAGAGGUCAAAAAGAAGAUGCAGUGUGGUCAUGAAGAUCUAAUGCCAUGUAAUGUCGAUGCUUCAAAUGUUAAAUGCACUGCAAAGGUCGACAAACCCUUGCCAUGUGGUCAUAAUAUCAAGGUUCCUUGUAUUGAGGAAGAUCUAUCGAAAUACAAGUGCACUGAAAAGGUAUCAACAAAGCUGAAAUGCGGCCAUGAAAUCCAGACUCCAUGCUCCCGAAAAAUACCAAAGAUUAUUUGUAGAGAACCAGUGAUGAAGAAGAUGCCAUGCGGACAUGAAAAUUCAAUGCCAUGUAACGCUGAUCCAUCAACUCGCACUUGUACGAUAACAGAAGACAUAAAUCUGCCAUGUGGACAUACAGUUUCUAAGCCAUGCUACCCUUCAGGAAAAAUCCAGCCUACGUCUAUUUGCUGUGAAAAGGUGACAAGGGUGUUAGACUGUGGACAUGAACAUCAGAUGCAGUGCCACAUAGAUCCAUCUCAAUUCAUCUGCACAAAACAAGUAGAAAAACAACUACCGUGUGGGCACAGCCAGUUAUUGUCAUGCAAUAUGGAUACAACUGGAACUGUUUGUAAGGAAAAAGUCAUUAGAAGGUUGGCCUGUGGACACGAGAGCCAGAUGUCCUGCAAUCUCAGUCCCGAUAAAUACCAGUGCUUAAUACUAGUGAAGAAAGAGCUCAAAUGUGGGCACUCCAAAGAGGUGGUUUGCUCUACAAGUAUGGAUGCUGUGGUAUGCAAUGAGAUUACCGAAAAGAAACUUCCAUGCCAACAUUCUAGAACGAUGCUAUGCUUCAAAGACGUCCACAGUGUUUGCUGCGAAGAAAUCGUGACAAAAGAGCUUCUUUGUAAGCAUCUGAAGGAUGUUCCAUGCCAUAGAAAAAUCACUGAUAUUCAAUGCAAUGAAGAAAUACUGAAGACCUUACCCUGCAAACACGAAAAACAUUUGCCAUGUUAUUUAGACCCAAGAAAUGCAAACGUACCAUGCGAUAUUGUGGUGACAAAGAUACUAUUAUGUGGCCAUGAGGUUGAAGUGCCCUGCAGUAAAGAAAUUACUGCUAUCUCCUGCGACAAGCCUACAAAGAUAAUUCUUUUAUGCGGUCAUGAGGUUGAAGUACCCUGCAAUAAAGACAUGAAUACAAUAUCUUGCAACAAGCCUGUGAAGAAGAUACUUUCAUGUGGCCAUGAAAUUGAAGUGCCCUGCAGUAAAAACACAAGUACUAUCUCUUGCGACAAGCCUACGAAGAAACAACUUCGUUGUGGCCAUAAAGUUGAAGCUCGUUGCCAUGUUGACGUCAGUACUAUCUCUUGUGAAGAGCUGAUUAACAAGACGCUACCUUGCCAACAUGAGGUUCAGACAUCAUGCAACAAGGAUGUCAACGAAAUCCGUUGUGAUAUACUCACAAGAAAGAGUCUUCCUUGUCGUCAUGAAGUUGAAGUGCCUUGCUAUGUAGAUAUCAACACCAUCUUUUGUCAAACGUCUUUGAAGAAGCAGCUUCCUUGUGGUCAUGAAGCUCAAGUCCCUUGUCAAGCAGACGUUACUACAAUAACCUGCAAACAGCCCACAAUGAAAACAAUGCCUUGCAGCCAUGAAGUAAUUAUACCCUGCAAUGUAGAUGUCACAGCAAUCAAUUGUGAUAAACAAACGAUGAAGACUCUUCCCUGUGGUCAUGAAGUUAAAGAACGUUGCAAUGUGGACGUAAAAGCAAUCUCUUGUGGCGAAAUCGUCAAGAAGACGCUCCCUUGCGGCCACAUACGGGAAAUGUCAUGCAGUGAAAAUGUCCGUGAGAUCUCUUGCACAGAGCCAACAGUGAAGCAACUUCCCUGUGACCAUAAGGUUGAAAUACCCUGCAAUAAAAAUAUCAGCACAGCUUCUUGUGAUGCGUUGACUAAGAAAGAACUUGGGUGUGGCCACAAAGCCGAGAUACCCUGCUAUAAGGAUGUAAGCGAAGUUGCUUGUGAAGAACUCAUAAAGAAACAGCUUUCUUGUGGCCACGAGGUCGAGAUACCUUGCAACGUGGACACAACUGCGAUAUCUUGCUAUAAGCUGGUGAUGAAACAACUUCCCUGUAGCCAUGGAGAAGUCAAAUUGCCAUGUAACUUAGAUAUCAGCACCAUUUCUUGCCGCAAGUCAGUUUUCAAGGAACUUGCAUGCGGCCAUAUGAAAGAGUUACCAUGCAGUACAGACAUUACUACUGUGUAUUGCGAUAUACCUGUUGUCAAGCAAUUGCCUUGUGAUCAUGAAAUUGAGCUGCCCUGCCACAAGACCCAGGAAGAGUAUAUCUGUCAACGGCCAUGUGAGAGACUCCUUCCAUGCAAUCACCAGUGCAAGCAGAAAUGCUCUGAAAAGUGUGACCCAAAGCUAUGCACAGAAGCUACAAGCAAGACAGUACCAUGUCCAAACAAGCACAAAAUAACUAUUCCUUGCAACGUUGAAGUUGAAGAUACUUAUGUUUGCAACGAAGAAGUGACCAAGCAGCUCAGCUGUGGUCACCUUUGGCAGGGAGAAUGCAGUAAUAGCACUUUGCCAUUUGAUUGUAAAAUUGAAGUCACUCGAACUCUUUCUUGUCCUGGAGAACAUCGGCGCGAACUCCCGUGCCACGUUGACGUCAGGAAAAUACCAUGUGGUCAAAAGUGUUCCAAGAUAUUGCCUUGCGGUCACCCUUGUAAAUUAUACUGUGAGGAACCAUGUUGCCCAGAUAAAUGUACAGUACGAGUACUAAAGACGUUUGGAUCAUGUGGUCACGAAAAAUGGCUGGCUUGCGGUAUCAGUAUGAAAGCCAUAUGCCUGUACCGUUGUCUUCGACCGCUGAACGGCUGUGGACAUCCUUGUCAAGCACCCUGUGGUAAACCAUGCAAUAAGCCAUGCCGUUAUAGAGUUCGAAAAACACUGCCCUGUGACCAUAAACUGAAACUGAAAUGCUGUGAUCCAGUACAAUAUGUAAGAUGUCCUUUCCCUUGCACUGCCAAAUUACUUUGUGGACACAUCUGUACGGGAAAAUGUUCAACUUGUCAAGAGAAAGGAGAACACUCACCGUGCCCGUUUCCCUGCGGACGUGCUCUUGUAUGUUCUCAUCGUUGUCAUGAACGCUGCUCAGAUCCUUGCCCUCCUUGUUUCCGUGAAUGUCGUGGAUGGUGCCCACAUGGCAAGUGUCAAGGAAACUGUAGCGAUGUCUGUAAGCCAUGCAACAUGCCAUGUGCUUAUACUUGCAUUCACGAUAAGUGCAACAACUUGUGCCAUGAAAUGUGUGACCGUGAACCAUGCAACGAGCCUUGUCAAAAAGUACUUGCAUGCGGUCAUCCUUGCAUUGGGUUGUGUGGAGAAUCCUGUCCGAUCCUGUGCUAUGUUUGUACGCCAGCGAAAGUGGCUGCUGUCUCGCCAAAUGGGCAAAGAAACAAAGAUUUAAGAUUUAUCCAGCUCAAGGAAUGUGGCCAUGUCAUCGAGGUUAAUCGUAUGGAUGAUUGGAUGCAAGAGCAUCUUGAGACAGCAACAAAUGGCCAAGCCCAGCCCCUUCGGUGUCCUAUAUGCUCUGUUCCUAUCUAUUUCAGUUUCCGUUAUGGCAACAUCGUCCGAGAGGCUUUACAAAGGAUGUUUGAAGUGGAGUCUUUUACAUUCCAAAAAAAAUCCAGAAGGAGACAAAGUCAGGGAUGGACCAAGAUACCUAGGACGACACGUCACUAGGAAACUGUUUCGAUUUCUUAACUGCACCAGACAUUAUUGAUUUCAUGCUUUUAAUUUUAACAUUAUAUAAAUUGGUUUUAAUUUUUCUCACCAAGAAGGUAGAGAGGGGAGUCUUAUAGGUAAUGUGGUCAGUUUUUUGAGUGACUGAAAGUUGUAAUUGAAGAGUGUUUUGAGGGUAUUGUUACCUACAUUCAUGAUAUCAUCAGCGAUAAUCACCAGAUCACGUGACCAUUUUCCCGCCAAUUUUAUUUUAAAAUAUAUUGAUUGAAAUUCAUCAUCGUCAUUCAUUAGAGAAUUAAAAAAUUCCUUGGCAUUUAGCCACGUUAGGAGCCUUUGUUUUAGUAUAAAACCUGAGCUUGCAAUAUCAACAGGGCAGGAAAUGAACACGUGAUACUUCAAAUUAUACAUUUUGAGUAUAUAUUAAAUUUAAACAUCUUUGGAACUACUAAUUUAAUUCCCAAUCAAGUUGUAUUGUGCAACAGUUUACUGAAUUUAAUGUUAUUAAUAUUGACACAGUUCUAAACUAUAUUACUCAGAGAACAACCAUCUUCACCCCAAGACCAAGACGACUAAUGCGAUACGAUGCCUACUAGGAAGUUGGCAAUAACAAGACUGUGAACAAUCCAGGGGCUCAGCUGAUAGGGAGAUUUGUUGAAGAGGUUGUUCUCUCAGUAAGGUUAAUUUUUAAGGGCAUUUAGGGCAUGGUAUUUCUAAGCCAUUAAACUUUUUAUUCGACAUUAAAACAAAUUGCCUCAUCAUUGAAA